AUGGCCCACGAUACCAAUCCACGCCCUCACAAGCGCCAGCGCCUCCAGAGCGCAUCGCAAAUCGCGCUCUUGUCGCCGGUCUCGUCCUCGCAGCCGUUGUCGUCGCCUCUGACAUCCCUGCCACCCUCGUCGCCGAUCCGCGACGCGUCCAACGCGUCUCGCCUGCUCGCUUCGCAUCCGCAGCAGCAGCCACACCCACCUCUUGGUUCCAAGGUCGCAGGAAAUUGCAAACAGCUCGAACAAACCACCGCGGAGUUGAAUCGUCUUCCUGCCCCCGCUCUACUCCUUUCACUGCCGAAACUUCUCGCCGUACCGCCCAAUCACCCGCUACACGCCCGCUCAUUGCAUCUCUCUCUGGUCUCAUUUCGGAAAUGUCUCAUGGUACCUGGAUUGAAUCCGGAGGAAGAAUGCAGAGCAUGGACUGGUUUGGUGGAGGUCGGUAUGAGCAUCAUUGAAGGUGGCUGGCCAGAGAAGGAAGAAGAGGAUUGGGCACAUGGAGUGGAGGCAGAGGUGGAUAAAGCGAUCUCCAAAGGGCUUAUGCUCUCACAAAAGCAUCCAUCCCUGCAAGUCUACAGAUCUCUCCUCUCCAUCCACCAAGCCACCCUCGCACAUUGGCAACGCAAACAGAAGUUCUCCCGCAACGUGAUGAAGCGUUUACUAUCGUCAUUUUCAUCAUCUUCCACAUACCCCAAUCCGCACGGCGUUGUGGUUGCAGACGCGAGCUGGUCGCUGCGAGAUCCGCCGCAUAUAGUCUAUACCGCAUACCUCACCGCCAUCGAGCAUCUAGUGUCGACGAUCACCGAUACCUCCUCUUCGGCCUCGUCACCGCAAUUGAGCCCGAGAAAGCAAGAACGACUGGAGCCCUUCUCGCCUGCGAAGUUCCGACCAACGGGUUCUUCGCGACGGAUGGAUCUCAACGUCCAGACUGCGUUAGAUUACCUGGAGAAGAUGAACGGAAUGGCACAACAGGCCGGACAUGACCGGAUAAAGCAACUCGUGGCGGUUCUCAAGCUCCGCACACUGCUGUCAGCGGGACUAUAUGAUCUCCUCGCCGGACCUAACGGGGUCCUUGCGGAUGCGGAACGAGCGUUUGCCAUAUCCUACAACGUUUCAGAGGAGAAGAAGUCAAGGGCCGAUCCGGUGAAGGCGGAUGCUUCGUUCACUUCUGAUAAUCUUCCGGAAAUGCAAACGUUCGCGGAUGCUACGGAGACGGCACUGGCGUUACAUGUCCUCAUCAUGGGGGUCGUGUAUUAUACACAAGUCGGAGAAGCUGCUCAGGCCAGCCCGCGGUCUAAACAUCUACACGCGUUGAUGGAUGCCGGUGCCUUGGAAGGUUUCAAAGACAGCUCAAUCACGAUACCACUUGAUCCAUGCCCUCCGUUGAGUUUGCGCUUGACGCACCCGCGAAUAUUAUGGCAUUUGGUGUAUUUGCUUGGCGCCACCUCUAAGCGGGACACAGUUGGUCGUAAGCCGCGGCGAAAAGUCUGGGCCGAACAAGGUCUCGCUCAGUUCGAUAAGGCCGACAAGGAGACAGGGGCGCCGCCGGCCUUGUUUCCGACGUGGGCGAGUGCAGGAGACGUCUCCGAGCUGGAGCAGCGUUUGGCUCGGAUAAAGGCGGAUCUAAUGUGCGAGUUAGUGACGGUAUCCAUAAUGCGCAGUGAAUGGGACAAAGCCAAGCAGACGCUCGACUCUCUCAUCGCGCAUGCGCGCACAAGCCUCAUAUGGGAUUCAUACUCAUGCCGGAUAGCAUUGCACUAUGCCCAUCUCGCGCACGCUCUUGGUCGCUCUUCGCGUGCGCGAGAGCUCUAUAAGGUGGCUGCGUUCAUAUCGGACGAGAAUGUGAGGGAAUACGGUGGAAGAGGCGAAGGAUUGGUAGUGAGGGCCGCUGCCAAAGCCGGCCACGUACUACUGGCGAUCGGGCGAAGGUGCGAGAGAUCAAGUCGUGGAGACGAAGGAGCUAGAGUCGCGGUUGGGAAGGCAUCAGAGAGCGAGGAUGAGGAUGAGGACGAAGGCUUCGAUCCCAAGGAGGUGAUUACGGAGUGCCGUGCGGCCGGGGGUAUGCUCGACGCAAUCGCUCACAUAGUGGAGGCUGGCGUGGCGACUGAGAUCAUCUCCGCGAAACAACACUUGAAGCGCUCGUUGGACGUGGCCGCAGCUGCGCAGGAUAACUACCUUCGAGCCCUGGUCCUGGCCCUUAUAGUGGCACAUUAUACGCACACGGCCGAGGAGCACGCGUGGCAGAUGCUGAAUACCUGUGAGAUGCUCGCUGCUGGCCUUGGGGCACCGCCCAAGGCCUCGUCCUCGACGGAAGGAGGAAAUGUUGUUCUCGGCCUGUGGAUCGCGGAACGGAUGCUGGAGAUACUCAGAAGAAAUGAAGAGGGCCAGGGUGUUGCUAAACUUGUUGCGAAGCAGGAGAUGCUACGUCACGGCUUGAAGAGGCUCAUUCAGCACGGGAACUCGAUGGCAAUGUGA